AACACCCCUGUGUUUGAGAUUGGUAGAGUCCGUUGAAACACAACUAAUGUUAGGUAAUCCAACAGAGAGGUCGCGCAGCGCAUUAUAAUGAAUUUAUUCUUGCAGAAUUGGCCAAUCAUUGGAUGAGAUUCCUUCUUUGAGCUCUCUUCUUGGAUCAAGUACGUGGCAGCUGGAGCACAUCUGUAGCUUAUUCUCUUGACCAUCAUCCCAGUUCUUCGUUCAAUGCCUAACACUGUGGAAAGUGAAGGCGCCAAGGUAUCUGCUAGUACUGAUCAGGAGGCCCCAUCACGGGCCCCAGCCAGAGAGGAUGAGCGUGAGCGCAGCUUCCUGAGUCCGAUGACGCGUGAUGCGCUGCGGGUACGACGGGCCUCCAGCGCAGAGCUCCAGCUUCCAUGGACCUGCCCUGUAACACACUCCCGAGAGAAGUUCUACACCGUCUGCUCGGACUAUGCACUGCUCAACCGAGCCCGACCCAUUAACACAUCUGAAGAUACGCCAUUGAGCAACCCAGACACCACAUCAUUAGUCAAGACCAGUGCUACAACCCCUUCCCAGAGUCACUCAGGGGGGAACUGUGAUAUGGAGGUUGUGUCAUCCAGCAACAAGCCUGUGCUCGCCUGGGAGAUUGACACCUCUGAUUUUGAUGCGGUUUUAACACGGAAAGCCAGAACAAGUAAUUUAAAGAAAUUCAACUCUAAGAAAAUGAAAUCAUCUGACAGGCCGAGCAGGAACCUGCAAGAUCUCCCAGCACAAGCGUCUCUGGAGGAGAUCAAACAGAGAAAAGUCUUGGACCUCCGUAGAUGGUACUGCAUCAGCCGCCCCCAGUAUAAGACCUCAUGUGGGAUCUCCUCUCUUGUCUCCUGUUGGAACUUUCUCUACAGUACUUUAGGAGCAGGCAGUCUCCCACCUAUUUCUCAAGAAGAAGCCCUGCACAUACUUGGUUUCCAGCCUCCGUUUGAAGACAUCAAGUUUGGACCAUUCACUGGCAAUGCCACUUUGAUGCGAUGGUUCAGACAAAUCAACGAUAAUUUUCGUGUUCGCGGAUGCUCUUACAUUCUGUACAAACCUCAUGGCAAGCACAAGACAGCGGGAGAGACAGCUGAGGGGGCACUGCUGAAGCUGACACAGGGGCUUAAAGACGAGUCCAUGGCCUACAUUUACCACUGUCAGAAUCACUACUUCUGUCCUGUGGGCUAUGAAGCUACACCACUAAAAGCAGCCAAAGCUUACAGGUAUAACAUACCGCAAUCUAAUCAGGAAUUAAUUAAUUUGCACUGGAUUCUCAUUGGUGAACCAAGCAGGAAACACCCUGCAAUCCACUGUAAAAAAUGGGCAGAUAUUGUGACGGAUCUGAACACCCAAAACCCAGAAUACUUUGACAUUCGCCACAUAGAGAGAGGCAUUCAGUAUCGCAAAACCAAAAAAGUUGGAGGCAAUCUGCAUUGCAUCAUGGCCUUCCAGAGAGUCAACUGGCAAAAGUUGGGACCAUGGGCACUGAAUUUGGAAAAUCUGAGGCAUGAUCUCCAACAUCAGGCUCCAGAACACAGAGGUCAAGCUGUGCCAGAGGACGGUUCUGAGGAGCGAGCAGGGAAACGUCUGGGCAGAUCCCUCAGUAUGGGGAACAAGUCUGAGAAUGCCUGGAAGCGUUUGUCCAACACAGCAGAGUACAGGCACAGAAGCUCUCCAGACAGUGACCUAGAUGAAGACAUAACUGACUAAAUCUAAAGUGUCCAGCCCUCCUCCUGAUGAGCCAUUUGAGUUUUCGACAGUUUUAAACACGAAUAUUUACCUUCCCAUGUUGUUAGCAAUAGUGGAAAGUUAGAAUUGCAUAUCAUAGAUGAGGUUGCAAGCCAAAAGUUGGGGUUAAUGCUCCGGUAAUUAUAAGGAAGAAGCCAUUUGUGGAGGGUGCCACAAUUUUACAGCAAAUUCCAGAGCCCUCAGUAAUGUGGCAUUAAAUUAAGAUUAGAAAUACUUAAAGGGGUCAUAUGAUGCGAUUUAAAAUUUCUUUCUCUUUGGAGUAUUAAAAGCUCUUGGUACAUGAAGAAGAUCUGUAAUGUUGCAAAGACUAAAGUCUCAAAUCCAAAGAGAUGUUCU